UUGUUUGCUAGCGGGUACAGCGGUGACGAGAACUGCGCGCUGGGAGGAGAGUUGGUUAUAGAGGAGGCGCCCGACGACCCGCCCCACAAGAGAUCUAAACAUCAUGUACGUAUAUAUUAUAUUAUUAUUAUUAAGAAUCGAACUUACUUGUGUGUCCGAUAUAGAGGAUCGGCGCGCGUAUUGACCGCGCGUCGCACGGGCGCCUCGCGUCAGCCGACCGUCCUCCCAUUGGUGGAGACGUCUCAAACAGCAGCGUCGCGUCAUCAACCGAGCCCGUGA